AUGCCUGCCCGUUCCAAUUUUGGUUCAUCUUCUCAAACUGUUGCCACACGGGCACUCAAGAAAAAGAAAGUAGCCGACCAUUCUGAGAAUCUUGCUGUUGAUACACCUGAUGUUGACACAGUAGAUUUUGAUAACCGCUCUGUGGGUGAAAUCAUUGAAACUAUUCUUGACAGGAAUACGGAUCCACUCAUAGAAAAAUUGGUUAUGGCCUUGAAAAGCAAGAUGCCCAAAGAUGCAGAGACUGAAAAGAGAGAACGAAGUAUUGUACUAUCUGGACUUCCUGAAGCACCAAUCAAUCGACCAUUGCUUGAGAGAAAACAGCACUUAGAAGAAAAUGUUGCGCGAGUGCUAGAACAGAUAAAUGUUGAUUGCUGGCCUUGCGAGAUUUUUCGUAUGGGUAAGUUUGCUGAAGACCUUAUAGCGCCCGGUCAGACGUAUCCCGUACAAAUGUACCAUCCAGUGUUGUUCAACCAGCCUACUCCAUCAGCUCAACCAAUCUCAAUCAAUAAACGCCGCCCUUUCCAUACUUUUACAUGAUCAACCUAAUGAGACAGAAAGACCACUAUUCGCGUUCUAAUUCUUUGAUACUACUAUAUCUAUUAGUUCAUAAUGAUAAACCAGCUCGUCUCAUCUAACAGGAAAUCAUCUUCAUACCAUUCCCGUCCGAAAACACAUUAGAUAGCAUCGCGAUCACAUCUUCUCAUAAACAAAUCUAUC